CUCACCAAUACACAUUCAUCUGAAAGCUCUACUUUCCUCUGAAUCUAAACACAUUUCACUUACCAAUUAGCAUACACUUCGCCUUCGAGUCAUUACAUUUUCGCCUUGUUUACUGGAAGAAAGCUGCUAGCUAGCAAUGGAGGCGGUGACAAAGAUGGCGUCCGAGAGACCGGUGGUGAUUUUCAGCAAGAGCUCAUGCUGCAUGAGCCACUCAAUCAAGACAUUGCUUUCCGACUUUGGGGUGAACCCAGCAGUGUAUGAGCUUGAUGAGAUGCAAAGAGGGAGAGAAAUAGAGCAAGCUCUGUUGAGGCUCGGAUGCAGCCCAUCUGUGCCGGCUGUGUUCAUUGGUGGCGAAUUUGUUGGCGGAGCCAAUGAAGUGAUGAGUCUUCAUCUUAAGCGCUCCUUAAUCCCCAUGCUUAAGCGCGUCGGUGCAUUAUGGGUUUGAUCAAUCUCAUCAUCAAGAAAACCAAGUACCUGCAUGACAAGCACGCUAAUAAGAAUGCUAGCUAUGCACAAGAGAUAUAAGAUAUAGAGAAAGUGAGAGUUCUGUUUUCAAAAUAAGGGUAACUAUAGCUACUUGAUUAGUACUAAGUACUACUCUUAAUGGCUGUUUUGUAACACAUGUAAGGCCUGGUGUUAUUUUCUGAAACACCAUGACGUACAAUUGUGUUAAACACAUUAUAAUAUAAUAUUAUUGGUGAUUUGGUU